AUGAUCAUUUUUAGCAGCCUGAGAUCAUCAGCACCCUGUCAAUUUGAGGUGCAGGGAUGGCGGGUAUGGCGGGUAUGGGCUCUGACGGCUCUGUUGUUUCUCAACCAGGCAUCAGUGGCAGUGGCGGCAGCUCCACAGUUCCAUCAGUCAGCCGCUCUCUCCACUAUUUCAAGCCAAGUUUCUGAAUCUUCGAGCCAAAUAUUGCAGGAUUUGAAGGAUUUCACGCCAGCGUCUAUCACGUACCCCCACUUUGGCACCGCCAAUGACAUUAUGAGACGAGGAGGCAUAGAUGCGGCUAGGGUUUGGAAGCUUGCCAUUGUCGCAGCUUUGCUGGGGUCACUGACAGCAGUGUGCAUUCCAGGGAAGAAGCAAAUGAAGUUGGAAGCAAAAGAGGAGACCGUCCAAAGCUAUCCAUGGAAGAUGCUGCCGCCACCUGCGGAUGUAGCGGCAGCUGGUCCUACCUUUGCUGAUGGCGUCGGCGCUGGUUGGAAGAAGAUUCUUGUGAGCCGGGGCAUGCGGCUUCAACAUCGUGGCAUGGCUCUUCUUGCUGACCAAAGUGGCCAAAAGACCAGAGCUCUGAUAGUGAGAGACAUGCAAGCUGGUCCAAAAUCAGCAUUGGCGGCACAACUUCACCGUCAUGGCUUGCAGGACCUCGCCCCACUAACUGUGCGGAAGACUUCUGAACUGGGCAAGCUCCUGCACGGCUCCAAGCGAAGGAUGAUGACUCACGUAGCCACUGGACCCUGGGUUCUGAAACAUGCACUUGCAAGAGGAGAUGCAGAAGGUGUCACGCCCUUCAAGGAUGCACAGUCUUUACUGGCCUUCUGGGAAUCCAUGCCAAAGUCAACAAGAUGCAGCUAUGUCGCGCAAGCCUGCCUCCAGCAUCCUUUCACUCUCAACGGUGGGCCUGUCAUGGUGCGUUCAUUUGUUCUUGCGCUAGACAAUGGACGAUGGUUUCUUCACACCGAAAACCUAAUCCUGGUGCAAUUGCAAGAGUUGCACUCCCCGGAUUCACCAGUGUCAAGGCUGGAAGAGAUCCCAGCAGUUCGAGGAAGCGCGUGGUCACAUCACGCAGAGGUUUGGCGCAACCUUCGUCGUUCCCUGACCACCGUGGCGCAGCACAAGUCUCUGGGUCGGAAGUGGUUAAAAGCACAGACUCCAGUGGGCAGCCACGGCAAAGCAGGCUGCCUGAACUUCCAACUGUUUGUGGUGGAGUGCGCAGUCGACCAAGAUAAGCAGCCCUGGCUAACUGAUAUGUACCCGAUGGCAGAGAGUCCUCAACAGGGCACUGCAGCGGAGAGUGUCUGGGAAGAAAUCAUGAAGGACGCUGGCAAUCUCAUCUUGAACCCAUUGGUAGAACAAUUGCAGCGCGUGGGCAAACAGGUGACGGCUUUAGAUUCCGGAGGAGGUUACGAAACGAGAAAGAGCUCAGCAACUUCAGCUUUUGUUCAACUAUGCGAGCCAGACAGUUGA